GGCAGGGGGCGGCGGAGCCGUGUGUCCCCUCCCACCCUCGGGCGGGCGCCCCGGCGCCCCCCGGCCCGCCGCGCCUGCUGGGCCCGGGCUUACCAGCUCUUCCUCGUCGCCUGAGCUCGGGUCGGGAUCUGUAUAUGAAGACAUAAAAAUAGAGUACAAAGCUGCUGUCAUAAUCCAGAGCUGGUUUCGAGGAUGCAGGGUUCGAGCCCAUCUGAGAUACCUGAACAAAACGGCGAUUUUUAUACAGAAGUGGUGGAGAGGUUAUCAAAGUCGAAGGUACUUCAGAAAAAUGGUGGAGACAGCAUAUUUUAUUAUGAAGAUGAAUUUCUACAAUGAAAUGGCUGUCAGGAUUCAGAAAAGAUGGCGAGGCUAUUAUGUUCGGAAAUAUAUCCAUAAUUAUUAUGCACUGAAGAAAUAUCUGGAAGCCAUUUCCAUGAAUAAUGAGAUUGUCAGGAAUGAACUCCAAGAGUAUGCAGAAAUGAAGAAAAAUGAAGAGAAAAAGAAAUACCUAGAAAAGAAAGAAAAGGAAAAGAAAUACCAAGCCCGAAAGAUGCAUUACCUUCUUAGCACUGAACAGAUUGCAGGCAUCUACAAUUCACCAUUCAGAAAAUCCCCGGAUCCAAUGGAACUGCUCCUACAGAAGUCAAAGCCAUUGAGCCACAGACGGCAGCAAAUUAAGAAUCCCUUUGCCUGUGAGCUCUAUGACUGGCCAACUUGUACAAGGCCUCCGACUUUCUCCACAGAACAGCCUCUGCCACCUAUUGGCAGACAGAAGCCUCAGGGGCCUUUCCGCGAUACUGCUGAAGUAUUGCGGCAGCGCUACAAGCCUUUGGAACCAACCUUGCGAGUGGCAGCAUCAAUCAAUUCACCACUAGAGAAGGCCAGAGAGGAAAUGAAAAGGGAGGAAUGGAGAAACCGUAUACAUGACAAUGAAUUUCUGCCAUUUUCUUCAUAUCACAAAAAUGAGAAGUAUGACCCAUCAAUUCAUAGGUCAGGCAAAUAUGGCCAAGAAACUUACGGAAUUAAACACUUCCGAGAAGUACAGCCUAAGAAGUGGGUAGCAGACAAGGACUUUCAAACAGUGUUACCAUCGAUUGUUCUCUUCGAAAAGUUCGGAAAAACUUAUUCCAGAACUGGGCAAAUAGUGUAAUUGUCCUGUAAACUACACAAUGCAAGACACCUGAUAAGUAAUCAAUAAAUGUACUUCAGCAAAUACGCAGCAGUAUGUUGACUGAGUGUCCCAUAAAGUACUCUUGCUGUGAAGUGAUGUAUACUGUGUCUGAAGUAGCGUUAACUGAUUUUGCUUGAUCUUUAAGCAAUACAGUUUCCAACACUAAUUAAAAAAAAUAAUUUGUGGUUUUGCUGAAAAAAAGAAGUUCUAUCUUAGCAAAAUGAUUUCUGAAAAUUCUAUAUUUUAUUCAAUGUAAAUCCAUUAGGAUACAAAGCCAGAGUAAUCAAGUAAAUGACUUGGAAUCACAUUGUAUGUAUUACAUAUUUAUAAGUGAGGUUAACACUAAACAAAGAAAAAAAAAGUUUAAAAGUUACAUCUGUUGUUUUUUUCUCACAGCUAUAAAUGUAUCUGGUUCAUGACUGCUGUUUAUCAUGUUCAGCGUUAGCAUACAUCCUUUUUGGAUACUGAUCCAUCUCUUCAGAAGGACAGAAUAGGCUAUUUACAUGGAAGAUACUAUUUAAAACCCUUUUAGCUAAUCUGUGGGUGAUAUGACAUCAGUGUUGAAAAGUAAAGUUCUAACAACAUAUACACCUUAUUUUUAGAUCAGUUUUUCCGUAUCCACUGAAAUUUCGUUAUUAACAGCUGUGUUAUUUACAUCUAGUCCUGUGUUAAGCAGACUGAUAUGUGGAACAUAAUCCUGUGAUGCUUGGCAAAGAACAACACAUUUGAUCACACAAAACCGAUCUUCGUUUGCUGUGUUCACUGGCAUGCAGUCCUGCAAAAUAUUAUCUUCAGAGUGUAUUAACUUCAAAAGGCUCAAAGAAAUCAGCAUCAUGGGAAGACUUCAGCAUUUAUUAAGAGCAAAUCAUAAAUUAAUUCUUAAAGUUAUGUGAGUGAAUUUUUACAGGAGUUUUAUGCUGAAUUCUCUAGGAUACCAUGUUUGCUUUUCAUAUUAUUUGACUAUAUUUGAAUCAAAUAUAUCAAUUUAUAAUAUUGAAACCAGUUACCCAAUGGUAAGCUUUUUAAUAAUGAAUUUUCUUGUGUGAUUCUUUUGUCCUCUACAAAUGUGGAGGCAACCUCCAUAAGAUGUCUGUUUGUAUGAAUACUUUCUGAACUAGGCAUCACAAAUUUCACUUCUACAGGUUUUCAGCUGUCAGCCUAUGUGAAGAAGUUUUACUGCUGUCGUAGACAAGAAUAAAAGCACUUUCAAUUCCAUUACAGUAGAUUACGAGUGCAGGCACCACGCUGUAGUGUUCUUACUUUUUGGAGUUUGUCAUUUUCAAGCUUUGAAAAGUUUAUCCUUCUUCAUGGCAAUGAAAAAUUAACUCUGGGAAGUGAGAAGCAGCCACCUUAGUGGCUGAGUCUCCCUGAUAAGAGUUAAUCUGAUCAAAUGUAUCAGAGUGCUUUAGUUGUUCGUGGAAGGGAUUGAACAUGAGACAUUUGUGCAAAACUGUUGAUGAAUAAAGAUGCCACAGUAAUUUUUAUAUGUGAGAGCUAUCUAUUUGAUUGCUUCAGCUUUAAGGUAGUUCAUCACAGUAAUUCGCCCUGUGGUGCCUCUUUAACUUCAUACCACAAUUUCCCAUCAGUCCGAUUAGAAACAGCAAUGCCUUUAUCAGAUUAAUCUUUCUUUCUCUUUCUUCCUUUCAGUAUCUCUGACCUGAGAACAAAGCAAAGCCUACCACGCAGACUGGCCCCGCACUGGUGGUAGUGCCCAUAGCCAAGGCUCUGGCACACAGAUGGAGGUUAAAACUAACACUUCUAAGUUUAAUUUUGUUUGAUACAUACACACUUUUCCUCCUCUUAAGAGAAAAAAAACCCUUUCAUUUCUAAAGCAUCUAACUACUUCCCAGAAACCUUCUUAAACAAAACCAGGUCUGUUCAUUUUAUUAGAUAAAUUAACACCCACAAAAUUCAUAAAUUAGCAACCAUAUUACCUGCUAGGCUUGAGUUUUGGGGUCCUUUGGCCAAUUAUAUAUCAUAGAGAAACCAAUACUUUCCUUUAACUGGAGUUCACAUAGAAUUUAUGUCAUUUGUCAGCAUAUAACAUCCGACUUAUUUUGUGCGGCCAAACUAUAAUCCCAGAAUCCUUUUAUGUCUCAUUAAGUACAUUUAUACAAACCAUUGAUAAUUAUUACAGUGAGACCUUUACCAAUUCUUCCAUUAUGUAGAGACUUCUUAUUUUUAGUGCUCUCUUAAACUGCAUAUAAACACUCCAAUCCAGAUGCUGCACAGCCCAGGCACCUUUGCAAGCAUGGGCUAAAGAACAUGCCCCUACAUUUUUUCUAUAUAAGGAUGAGACUGAUUGAUAGAGAAAAUCCCCAAUGUUAAAAGGAACAGCUAGUAAUAAACUGGGUAAUCCCAGUCUUGGGAUACCUUCAGCAAGUAGGACACCUUGAUUUUUAUUAUGUAGAGGAAUUGGACAUCAUGAACAAUUCAAAAAAUAAUGUGGAAGUGAAUGCUAGCAACUCCGCAGUAUGUAGCAAUGGGGAUAAAAGAUAAAUUUUAGCCUUGGGGUGGACCUACUUGCUGUGAGUCUGGGAUAGACCACCACUCCCGUUUGGUAACCCUCUGUGGCGAGCGAGUGAAUGUGCCUGUCUGGCAAAGAAAGUUUUGUUUUGCUCUCUUUAAAUCAAAAUGUUUGCACAGAGGAAACUUAGAGAUUUUAUGUAGGGCCAGUUAAAGAUAAAAUAUUGAUAUUUUUAUUCAC